ACAGAGCGGAGAGAGUGAGGAGGCUGCGUCUGGCUCCCGCUCUCACAGCCAUUGCAGUACAUUGAGCUCCAUAGAGACAGCGCCGGGGCAAGUGAGAGCCAGACGGGCACUGGGCGACUCUGUGCCUCGCUGAGGAAAAUAAUUAAACAUGGGCAAAGGAGAUCCUAAGAAGCCGAGAGGCAAAAUGUCAUCAUAUGCAUUCUUUGUGCAAACUUGCCGAGAGGAGCACAAGAAGAAGCACCCAGAUGCUUCAGUCAACUUCUCAGAGUUUUCUAAGAAAUGCUCAGAGAGGUGGAAGACCAUGUCUGCUAAAGAGAAAGGAAAGUUUGAAGACAUGGCAAAGGCGGACAAGGCCCGUUAUGAAAGAGAAAUGAAAACUUAUAUCCCCCCUAAAGGGGAAACAAAAAAGAAGUUCAAGGAUCCCAAUGCACCCAAGAGGCCUCCUUCGGCCUUUUUCUUGUUUUGUUCUGAGUAUCGCCCAAAAAUCAAAGGAGAACAUCCUGGCCUAUCCAUUGGUGAUGUUGCAAAGAAACUGGGAGAGAUGUGGAAUAACACCGCUGCAGAUGACAAGCAGCCUUAUGAGAAGAAGGCUGCGAAGCUGAAGGAAAAAUAUGAAAAGGAUAUUGCUGCAUACCGAGCUAAAGGAAAGCCUGACGCGGCAAAAAAGGGAGUCGUCAAGGCUGAAAAAAGCAAGAAAAAGAAGGAAGAGGAGGAGGACGAGGAAGAUGAAGAGGAUGAGGAAGAGGAGGAAGAUGAAGAGGAUGAAGAAGAAGAAGAAGAUGAUGAUGAUGAAUAAGUUGGUUCUAGCGCAGUUUUUUUUUCUUGUCUAUAAAGCAUUUAACCCCCCUGUACACAACUCACUCCUUUUAAAGAAAAAAAUUGAAAUGUAAGGCUGUGUAAGAUUUGUUUUUAAACUGUACAGUGUCUUUUUUUGUAUAGUUAACACACUACCGAAUGUGUCUUUAGAUAGCCCUGUCCCGGUGGUAUUUCCAAUAGCCACUAACCUUGCCUGGUACAGUAUGGGGGUUGUAAAUUGGCAUGGAAAUUUAAAGCAGGUUCUUGUUGGUGCACAGCACAAAUUAGUUAUAUAUGGGGAUGGUAGUUUUUUCAUCUUCAGUUGUCUCUGAUGCAGCUUAUACGAAAUAAUUGUUGUUCUGUUAACUGAAUACCACUCUGUAAUUGCAAAAAAAAAAAAAAAGUUGCAGCUGUUUUGUUGACAUUCUGAAUGCUUCUAAGUAAAUACAAUUUUUUUUAUUA